UCGAAAGGGAGCUUGAGAUUCUUGGAAGCAUCAAACAUCGUUACCUUCAAUUACAAAAGACUUGUCUGAAUUAGUUAUUUGUUGUUGGUUUCGAUCCUAGAGUCUGACCUAGCUUAGGGUUUGGUUUGAUUUGGCUCUCAGAUAAUUCAAUUGAGACUGACUUUUUGUUCUUAUUCUUCCACAGAUGUACACGCACCUCUGUACAACAAAGGCUCCAGUAUAUUCAAGCUAUCCAAGAAUUGCAGGAGGAGAUCAAGUUGUUACAGAUUCCCAACGAGAAACUGAAUGGUGAGGGGCUCAAUGGUCUGAGCUACUCUGAGCUAUCUUCAAUUGAAAACAUGCUAAACCAGGGUUUAGUCGUUGUGGAAGAACAAACCGACAAGGCCUAUUAUGACUUCGCAACCAUGCAGAUUGUGGAGAGCGUUGUUAUGGGGAUGGAUUGGACUGACAAACUCGAGAAAGAGGAUUUGGCCUAUCAAGCGCGUCUGUCAAGAAGAAGAACAGCUGUGAGGAACAAGUCUAGAGAACUCCGCCUCAGCCCUCAAGACAGCCAACAGGAGCAUAGUCAUGACCAUGAAGAACUGAUGUUAACCAUCGAGUCUUUGAAGAUCGAGAAGAAGAGACUGCUGCUUUUGAGCCAACGAAUGAUUGGUAAAGAGCUUGACGGUAUGAGUUACGCUGAGCUGUAUGUGUUGGGCUUUGAUAUAACGCGUGCUCUUAUGAACGUAAUGCAAGAGAUGGACAAGAUAAAACAUGCCGCCCGAGUCAGCAAGGAAUCAAUCUCCUUGGACACAACCAUGGCUCUCUGUGACUGAACAUAAUCCUUCUUGUGGGGGCACAGGACAGAGAUUGACUCUUUUUUCUUGAAUAAUUAUAAGACUAUGUACUUAUGGUUGCUUGUGUUUUAAAAUCUCUGGUGAUGUGAUUAUAUCUACAGACUUGUGUUCUCUUUGCUAGACUCUAGACUCCAGUUUGCAAACUACGAUUAUAAGCUAUAAGUUUUUAAAAGAUAUCUGCUUCUUCAAGCCCA